AGAGUGACGUCAUGUUGAAUCGCGGAUUUGAGAGAGGAAAAUAGCUAGCUAUCCGUCUAACGUUCUCGCGUGUGCAGUUGUGCGAUAAAGUCACGAUUCAGUCGUCAGUUAGAUAGCAGUCCAAAGUUUCUGUGCACUGCUAAUUCUUUCAAUUGUAGCAUUUAAGUCGGAGAAUUGUGUAUUUUGCUAGUUGGUAAACUUGAGGUUAGCUUGCUAGUUAACACCAAUUUGAGUGACUACUCACGGUGGCAAUUUUGUACACGCUUAGUUAUUGUUUAAAGCUAAACUCCAAAACAAAAGUAACGGCAUGUCAGAAAAAUGUCGUUUUUCCUCAGUUCAUUUACGUUAGGCGACGAAUCAUGUGGUUACUAAGUUUGUUUUUCUAGUUAGGAUAAGACGAUAGGGUUCCUCAUAGCUAACGACAUAACAGUCAGAGAUGCGUUUCAAGACUUUAUUGCUAAUUCUCAUAUGGUGGUUUGUGGUAAUUGCAACAGCAAUCGAACCAAUCAGCACGGGAAUCGCUGUUGGAAUGGCAGCCGCUCUCUCGGGCUUCCUCGCCUGCUACCAGAACGUGUUGUAUUACUUCCACGAGUGUUGCAGACAAGAAUGGAUAUCAUAUAAUUCAUCAGGUUUGGAAAUCGACCUGACGAGGAAGCUAUUCGGUCAACAUGUUGCCUCACGAGUUAUCAUGAAAGCAGUGACUGGAUUCAUGAAUAACAAAAACCCAAAGAAGCCCCUGGUUCUGUCCCUCCAUGGAUGGACAGGGACAGGGAAGAACUUUGUCAGUCAGUUAAUAGCUGAAAACAUCUACAGAGAAGGAAUGGGCAGCAACUAUGUUCAUCAGUUUGUGGCCACCACCCACUUUCCCCACUUAAGUCAGACUGAAUCCUACAAAACCCAGCUGCAGCAGUGGAUCAAAGGGAACGUCACAAAUUGCCCUCGCUCGCUGUUCAUUUUUGAUGAAAUGGACAAGAUGCAUGCAGGGCUAAUUGACAGCAUCAAACCUUACCUGGAUUAUUAUGAACACUUGGAUGGAGUCUCCUAUCGCCAAGCCAUUUUCAUCUUCCUUAGUAAUGCAGGGGGUGAGGACAUCACACGAGUUGUGUUGGAUUUCUGGAGAGCAGGCAGAGAUCGAGAAGAGAUACAGCUGAAGGACAUUGAGGGAACAUUGUCUAAACAAGUCUUCAACAACAAGCAGAGUGGAUUUUGGCACACCAGCCUGAUUGAUAAGAACCUCGUGGACUUCUUUGUCCCCUUCCUGCCUCUGGAGUAUCGCCACGUUCGCAUGUGUGCUCUGGCAGAAAUGGAAGCUCGAAACUUACCCCUGGACGAGGAGAUCGCGAACCAAGUAGCCGAUGACAUGACCUAUUUCCCCAAGGAGGAGAAGGUCUUGUCUGUGAAGGGCUGCAAAACUAUUGUAAGCAGGCUGGAAUUCCACAUUUAGGGGUGCUGGUGCUACAAAAAACUGUUUAUGCCCUGUGCACCUCAGAACUGUAAGUCAGCCCUUCUUGGCCAAAGCAUUCCAGCAGCUGAACAGCCAAGAAAGCCAGGGAAGGUUGAGCCACUGAACUCAUGGAUGGCCUUUCCUCGUUCCAUUGUGCUCAUUGAGAGGCCAUCAAGCCCCGCUUCCAAUAAACAUCUUUGAAGGUGAAUGAAGAUUAAGGUUCUGGGUGGAGGGAAAUGGCCCUAUUUUAAUCAGCUGUAGAGUAUCAAUGUGUCUGAUCAAUUGAGAAACACUAAGGUGAUUUUUUUUCAGUCAUUUUGGAUGUAAAGUGAAAUAAUGUAAGAAUGAUAACAUUCAUGAUUACGUAGGCUUGCACGUAGAGACCUGGCCAGUUUCAAAAAAGCAGUCAGCUUGUCCUGUUGUGAAAUCCACCCUAAGAGUUUUUAUGGUUAUGUAACUGGACCUAAACUGAUCUUCCAUUCCUGAGGAAGGUAUGCCUUGUGUCUUGAAACAUGUAAGGGGGAAUCUUCCCAAACUAGUGUUUUUAUGCCAUGGUUACAUUGUAAAGAACAGUCCUAAAUUAUACUCAUUAAUCCACCCAGGAACCACUAAGAAGCUAUUUUGUCUUAAAAACAAACAUGUCAAUGAAAAGACACAUCAGUCUUAUCACAUAAUUAUUUACAUUAAAGUUUAAAUAAUUGGAAAACCCAAUGAGUAAAUAUGGUAACAAAGCACAUUACAAUUUUUAUUUGUACCGGGUAGUUUUUGUCUUGCAUAUGCUACGUGCCUUUCUUGGAUUGUGUUUAGUAACCAUUCACUCAAGUGUGCAUCUAAGUAAUUUUGGUACAGUUGAGACACAUUUGAUUUAUCCUGAGAAUCAAAGUAAAUUUAUCUUUCUCAGUGAUGGGGCGGAAUCCUUAAUUCAGUUGAUCUGAAAGAUUGGAAUGACUGUGAAUUUGUGUUUUGGAUCUUUCCUCUAUUAAAAACAAACCUUUUCAUAAGAAAAAA